CGCCUCGUCGGAAAGACCGGCCUUGGAUGCUAGGACUUCUUUCUUUCCACUCUGGGCUUGCCUCUCCUCAGGACAUCAGGGCAGCCACCUCUGCGCGGCUGCUGCGGGUUCCACAAUGCCCGCGCGGGGUGCGCACGCGGCGGCGCGUCCCGCCCCGAGGGGCGGGGUGUGACCAGAGAGUUUACAUAGGAGGUGCCGGCAGUAGGGAACACCCCUCCACCCGCGGAGCUUCCUCUGCAGCGCAGCCUGUUGGUCUGGGCCGCGCGCGCGCGCGCGCGCGGAGCCGCCGGGGGUUCCCGCCCGCGGACACCUGGGCCCUGGCUCUGCCGCAGCCCCGCCUGACCGCCGCGCCACCAGCCAUGCGGCAGCCGCUCUACCGCUGCUACAACAUCACCUCCGUGGAGAAGGGCUACUCGGCGACCAUGGGCGGGGUGCUUUUCAGCGCGGGCCUCCUGGGCAACCUGCUGGCGCUGGGGCUGCUGGCUCGCUCGGGGCUGUGGUCUUGCCCGCCGCGCACGCCGCCCUCGGUCUUCUACGUGCUGGUGUGCGGCCUGACGGUCACAGACUUGCUGGGCAAAUGCCUCGUGAGCCCCUUCGUGCUGGCCGCCUACGCGCAGAACCGGAGCCUGUGGGGACUGGCGCCCGCGUCGGACAGCUCGCUGUGCCAAACCUUCGCCUUUUUCAUGUCUUUCUUUGGGCUCGCCUCCACGCUGCAGCUCCUGGCCAUGGCCCUGGAGUGCUGGCUCUCCCUGGGGCACCCCUUCUUCUACCGACGGCACAUCACCCUGCGCCGCGGCGCGCUGGUGGCGCCCGUCGUGGGCGCCUUCUGCCUGGCUUUCUGCGCGCUGCCCUUCGCGGGCAUCGGGAAGUUCGUGCAGUACUGUCCCGGCACCUGGUGCUUCAUCCAGAUGGUGCACGAGGAGCGCUCGCCGUCGGUGCUGCGCUACUCAGUGCUCUACGCCAGCCUUAUGGCCCUGCUGGUCCUCGCCAUCGUGCUGUGCAACCUGAGCGCCAUGCGCAACCUCUACGAGAUGCACCGGCGGCUGCGGCGGCGCCCGCGCUCCGGCACCAGGGACCGCGCGGAGCCGGGCGCGGGCGAGAAGGAGGCGGCUGUGAAGCCCCUGGAGGAACUGGACCACCUGCUGUUGCUGGCCCUCAUGACGGUGCUCUUCACUCUGUGCUCCCUGCCUUUAAUAUAUCGUGCUUACUAUGGAGCAUUUAAAGCGGUCAAUGAGGAAAACGGCACCUUUGAAGAAAUGGAAGACCUCCGAGCCUUGCGUUUUCUAUCUGUAAUCUCCAUUGUGGACCCUUGGAUUUUCAUAAUUUUCAGAACACCGGUAUUUCGGAUGUCUUUUCACAAGAUUUUCAUAAGGCCUCUUAUGUACAGAAAUUGGUAUAACAAUUCCUGCCAAACUAACAUGGAGUCCAGUCUGUGACAGUGUUUUACCAUCCAGUCUCUGGUAAGCUGAGGAAUAUGUCACAUCUUCUGUCAAAGAACCAUGAUUUAAAAAAAAAAAAAAAUUUACAAUUUAAAAGCUAUCUCCCAUAACAAAACAUCUAAAUGUGUUUUCAGAAAUAUUUGAUAACAUCUUUAACAAUCUGUGGUCACUCUAGUCAUGAACCAGUUCAGUCGAUUUUUCAUCUUGAGUUAUGAACAGCAACUACAAUUUCAUGUAGUGUAACCAACGUUAACAGUCUUCAAGCAAGGGUAUUAAUUGUUCCAACAUUUGGGCGUGGCGUCCCUAAUGUUUUAGAGAGAAUAAUGACACUCCUGGGUGUUUAUUUGGAUUCCGGUAGAAGCACCAUUGUUUACAAUUAUGUGAUGUGUGUUCUUAAAAUUUCUUAUCCUAUUCAUUUCUGGUGAAACCUGAUUUGUUUAUUUUGUAUCCUAAUUGCCUGAAUUAGAGAUGCUCCGCAGAGAAGUGAGGUGGGAAGUACAGCCAGGUCAGGGUUUGGACAGGCCUUUGCCAGCCACCCUCUGGAAUGGUGCUCACUGCUUCAUGUGGAGAGGUGGUCCGUAAAUAAGUAGACAUGAGGCAAGAUGUGGCUGUGGUCCCCAGCCUAGAGAAGAAAAACUCGUUUUUAUCUUUUGAAGUCUAGUAUUCAGGUAGGGAUGUCAGUAGGAAUCGAAAUUUGGGAGUGGGUUACAAAAUGUUUCAAUUUUUGGAAACUUCAUUUUAUAUGUUUAUCAUAUUGAUUGAUUCUUUGCAGGAGGGAUUUAUGUUUCUUUGAAAAAUGGUGACAUAUGACUUCCCAGAGAGUCGUGUUCACUGCGUUUGGCUGUGUGAAGCAGCAGGGCAUUUCGCACAGAGAAAAGCCCACCCAGGACUCCCCUAACCUCAGUUGAGGAUCAUGUCAACAACCUUAACAUCCACCUAUUAACAGCCAUAUUUUGCUCUUUGUGGGAACUGUAAGAUCAUAUUAAGGUCCCUGAGAGCUAUGCUUUCAAAACUGGAGCAGGAUGUGGCUCAGAUGGAGCACAAGUGAGCACUUUAAUCGUAUGUUUAAAUGUUUACAAAGGUUAGCAACACUAUGGCCAGAAGGGAAACGUGGGGGAAAUAUGGUUGCAGCUAAUAAGCCAAACAAAAACCUCUAAAUCCAGCUGGUAGGUAAGAACUUGCACUUUUGGUAAAAGAACACUUGGGGGCUGUCAGAGAGGUUUCAUCACCUCUGGGGUCCUUUUGUACCCCAACACACUCAGAGACUCCGAGCUGGAAACCUGGCUACAUUUGAAUAGUCCCAAGAUCCCCACUUAGCCAUCCCUUCCAAAGACAAGAGUGUUUGUCUGUCUUAUUUCCAGUUGAGCAGCAACCCCAUUUUUCAUCUCUGGUUUAUCUCAGAGAUGUAUUAACCUGGAUAUAUAUGUGUGUUUGUUUGUUUUUGGUAUAGCAGAACUGUGAAAUGACCAAAUUAGGAAUAUACAAGUUGUAAUUUGAGAGGAUGACUUCAUGAAAAAUGCAUUUGUUCUCAAGUUUAACUUUCAUUUGUAUAUUUAACGGGUAAAUACAUAUGUGUUUUAUUUUCAGAGGAGAUGCCUCUUUUUUUUAAAUUUUUUUUUAUGUUUAUUUAUUUCUGAGACAGAGAGAGACAGAGCAUGAGCAGGGGGAGGGGCAGAGAGAGAGGGAGACACAGAAUCAGAAGCAGGCUCCAGACUCUGAGCUGUCAGCACAGAGCCCGACGUGGGGCUCGAACUCACAGACCGCGAAAUCAUGACCUGAGCUGAAGUCAGUCGCUCAACUGACUGAGCCACCCAGGCGCCCCAGGAGAUGCCUCUUUUAUUGUGCUCUCCUUUUGGAAGGUGUGCUAUAAUAACUGUCAAGAUAAUUUGAUAAGGUCUUACAUGAAUCAAUAAACAUAAUUUUAUAAUAUUUUGCAGAGGAAGUUUCUUUAAAUGAAAGGAAGAGGUUUAGUUUUUUUUUUUUAAUAAACAGUUGCCAGUUGUAUUUCUUUCUCCAGUGGUUUAGUAGUGUGAAUUUUUAUAUGCUCUUCUAUUAGCAUUUAUAUUAGUCUACACAAGUUUGCAUAGUUUUAUCCAAGGACUUAGUGAUCCUUUCUGUUUAAUACAAAGUGUAGAUAUACCAUCAUGAUGAAAUCCAAGUUAAGUUAGAAGUCCAUUCUUCAAUUAUCUUUUAUUUCUUUUCGUUUAUUCAUUAUGUCAUUAAAUAAGUCUUAAUUGGCACAUACAUUGUGCCAGGCAAUUGGUUAGGUGCUGAGGAAAAGAAUACCUAAGACUCAGUCCUGGCCCAUGAGUUUUUCAUUGUGUAAUAGGGGAGACAGUCAUGUAAACAGUUACAAUAGCAUUUAGAAGUCCCAGGAGUAAAUGCACACACGGUCCAGUUAGAAAAUGAAGUCUGAACUUGGGGUUGGGUGUGAGAUCAUCAGGAGAACUUCUGCAGGACAAGAUGCUUAAAUCAAGUGUUGAAAAUGAGUAGGAAGUUUGGCUCUGACUGAAUGCCGGACGAAGACCCCAAGAGAUAGUUCACAGAAGAGGAACUGCAUGUGGUUCAUAAAUGUAGAAAAAUUUCCAACCUCAUCCAAGAAAUGCAAAAUUAAAAUGAAAUUGUCAAGGACUAAACCAAAAAAAAAAACAAAAAACCUGAGUCUCAAUAACAGAGAAGCUUUUAUUAAAUAAGAGGAACGUGGCUGGUGAGUUUGUAAAUUUGACUACCUUUUCUGGAUAGCAACCUGACAGCACAUAUCAAGAACCUAAAAGUGUUCUUUUCUACCAUUCUAGUAAUUCCACUCUAGAAUUGCCUAGAAUAAACAGAAGGGCUGUCAUGGCGAUGUGCUAAACUCUUCUUUGUAACAUUAUUUAUAAUCAGGAAAAAAUGAAAAGGAAACCAUCUAAAGACCAAAACAAGGGUUAAACAAACUUUUCAGAUAUACUAGAGAGUUCACCUUUGAACGACACAGGUUUGAACUACGUGGGUUCACUUAUUUGUGGGUUUUUUUUCUCAACAAAUAUAUUGGAAACAAUUUUUGGAUGUUUGCAAUAACUUGAAAAAAACCUCACAGUUAAACUGUGUAGACUAGAAAUACAAAAAAAAAAAUUAAGAAAAAGUUAUUAUUGUAAGAAUACAGUAUGUAACACAUAUAACAUACAAAGUAUGUGUUAAUUGACUGUUUACAUUAUCUGUAAGGCUUCCAGUCAACAGUAGGCUAUUGGUAGUUAAGUCCUGGGGGAGUCAAAAGUUACACACAAGUUUUUGACUAUAGCUCCAGCUCCUUGUGUUCAAGGAUCAAUUGUAUACACACACACAAACAUGAGAAUUACGCCAUCAUAAAAAAAAGAUGUUUUCAAAUAAUUUAUAGAAGUUCAGAAGGAAUCUUACAAUGUAAUAUAAGAUGAAAAAAGCAUGAUACAGAUUUUUAGGUAUGACCCAUAAAUAUACAUGCAUAGAAAAUAGUUUGAAAAAAUAAAGAAUCAGAAGUGUGAACACAGUUAACCUUUUAAUAUGGACUUUUCCCCAUAAUUCUUUGCAUUUUCCAAGUUUUAAAAUAAGGCCACGUUUCUUUUACAUAAAAUUAUUUUUUUACAAAAAUAACUAGAAAUUGACCAAGCAAACAUGGGGAAUAGGCAUGAAGGAAAAGCUUCCUAUUUUUUUUUAAUAUUUAUUUUUGAGAGAGAGAGACACACUCUCCUGAGUGCAAGUGGGGGGAGGGGCAGAUGGAGGGGGAGACAGGAAAUCCCAAGUGGGCUCUGUGCUAACAUCACAGUUUCACAGUUUUGUGAACUCGUGAAACACCAGAUCAUGACUUAAGCUGAAAUCAAGUCAGACAUUUAACCAACUGAGCCACCCAGGUGCCUUGGAAGAGCUUUCUAGUCUAAAGGAAUAGUAUGUGCAAAGCCACACAGUAAAGGAGUGUGGCAUGUCCAGGCUUAGUUUGUAGCUCCAUUUGGCAGAAGCUUGGGAAUUGUGAGCAAAGGUGGCAAAAAAGCUGAAAAGAGAGGCAGGUUUUAAAUCAUAUAGAGUGUUGGGUGCAGUGGUGGAGGGUUGGAGACCUUGAAGCCAGUGUGCAAACAGAGUAGAAUAUGAGGAAGAUCAUGCUGGUGCCAUGCACUGUGGACGGGACAGAUGGGGCACCAGAUGGUGUGAGAGAGGGAGUGCUGGGGCCCCAGGCGGUUGUACAGUCUGUGCACUCCACCAGAGCACUGGCUAAGUGGAUGGGUCUGAAAUACAGCCCUGGGCCUGCUCACCUGGCUGUGGGCUGCAUCAGCUCAGAGGAACAGGCUUUUUAUGAUCUUUCUACUAGGACGGGGACAAAGACGGUGUAUGUGCAGGCCUGGGAGUGUCCUGUUGCCAAGGAGGGAAAGAGGUGAGGAGGAGCUGAACUCAAGCACUGAACUCAAGAUGAAUCACACAGCUCUUUCAUAGGUAGAGCUGACAGGAAGGAUUCCAACUUAUUCAGUCAUGCCUUUUGUUUUGCUUUCAGUGGUGUAUCGGGCCAUUUUCUGCUUCUUAGUUUCAGGAUACUCAAGGGCAAGUUAGGAAAGGGGACAAUUCUGAAAAAAUUCCCCCCACCCCUUCUUAUUACAUCCCCAGUUUAUCUGGACAGAGGAUUGCAGCUACUGAUUCCCACAAAGUUUCUGAGCUACCUGUGGAUUUUAAUUAGAUACUACCCAGCCAAGUUAAUAAAAGGCCACCUAUUAGGACUGUUAAUUUAGUUCCAAUAAUCAGUCAGAGGCUGACUGGGCCAGGUGUUCUUGAAACUUUAGGGCAGAGAGGAGGAAUCCCACAAAUAAUAAGCACUUGGAUGACUUCAGACACUCCCUAGCCACACAGCCAGCUUGCUCAUUUAACUGAAGGUCUCCGUGCUCCAGGCCACUGCUUGUCAAAGCAUGGCCCUGGAGCAGAGCAUCAGUACCACCCCGUACUUGUCCAGUCCCACCUCACACUUACUGAAUCAGAGUCUCUUGGGGUAGGCCCCAACAAACUAUGCUUUAACAUGCUCUUUGGGUGAUUCUCAUGGGUGGUCAAGUUUGAGAACCACUGCUCCAGGCAACAAGGUAAGGGGGGGUGGGGGGGGGAGACAAAAUAUGCCGAAGACUCCAUGAUGUUUCUCCUACCUCUGAUUCUCAGAUCUUUUCAGUUGUGGGUCAUCCCUCACACUUGACUCCAUUUUAUCUGUAAUGUUCUUAAGGCUGUUAGAACAUUUACAUGCAGGCAGCCAUCACAUACCCUUUCCAAUGCUCACUACUGAUGGCGGUGAUGAGCCUUUGGCCCCAAAGAGAUAGAGGUACUCCCUCAGAUAUGCUGCUUCUUAGCCUCCUGCAGAUGCACCUUGGGGCUAAGGCUGUGAGUUGUUCUGUUGUGAAAGAAAACCAACUAAAGGGCAUUCAUUCACAGAAAUGUUAUCAGAGAUUAUAUGUAAAGGUGGGCUUUCAUUUGGGAUUUAAAGAUAUUUUUUAGCUCUCCAUAGAAUAGAAAUCUCCAGUAAAAUACGUAUAACUAUUUUUAAAGUUUUGUAAUUUAUACUUUUUGAAUAUUUUAAAAAAUACAUCAUACUCUAUCUUCUCUCCUAGGUUUUAAAAGAUGUGAGGACUAGAUAUUUUCCUAUUUUUCUCUUUUUUCCCCUAAUAACUAACAUGUACUAUAGAAGGGCUAUAAAUAUGUGUUGAAUAAAAGGUGCUCUCUCCCAUGAUUUCCCAAAAACAUAAGUAAUAUUCAAUAAGAGGCUGCUGUAACUUGAUCAAAGAGUCCUCUAUAUCUGAGAGGAAUGUUCUCAUUCCAGCAUACAAGAAUUUUUCUCUUAGGCCAUGCAAAGAUGAAAAUAAUAAAUGCAGGAAAAAAUAUUUUUGCUCCAUAUUUUCCUACUGUCUCAGAUUGUGGAAAUUAAUGUGUUUCAGUUUUAUCCAGGGAACAGCAAGCUGUAAUUAAUAAAAUUAACAACAUAUGGGGCACCUGGGUGGCUCAGUUGGAUGGGCGUGUGACUUCAGCUCAGGUCAUGAUCUCACAGUUCAUGAGUUCAAGCCCCACGUUGGGCUCUGUGCUGACAGCUCAGAGCCUGAACCUACUUCGGAUCCUGUGUCUCCUUCUCUCUCCGUGCCCCUCCACAGCUUGUGCUCGCUCUCUCUCUCUCUCUCUCUCUCAAAAAUCAAUAAACGUUACAAAAAUUUCUUUAAAUUAAAUUAAAUUAAAUUAAAUUAAAUUAACAAUGUAAAAAGUUUAUUAGGCAAUGUUAAAAUUGUAAAAACAAUUUUGCCUCACUGGAGUAGAGUGUUUCCUGCCCAUCUCUUAAUUCCUCUCAUGAGUGAGGCUGGAUUUGCCAAUGUGGCUAUUUCCAGUACUGCCUGCGGGUGGAGCAAAGCUGAGCUCACAGAUAAAGUGUGGUAAAGUAAUUAGGGUUUGCUGUCCCUGCCUUUGCACAACUCUCUAAUUUGUUGAAACAAAUCACAGGUCUCACCCGAUAUCAGCUAGGUGAAGAUUGAAUCUUUCAGACAACUUUUAAAUCUGUAUGUACUUGGAGUCAGUCCAGUCUUAAAAAUUUUUGCAAUGAAUGGAUUCAGAAUCCAUCAUGCUCUGGUUACAGAGCAUGGUCAAAUAUAGGGAGAGUAGGAAAUAAAGUUGAUUUUUUUUUUCUUUUUGCUACUGAAUUGCUAAAACCAAUGAGAAUAAAGCAUAGUCAAGUCCAAUCUGAUAAGAAUGUAUAUUUUAAGUCACCUUAGAGGGCCUUCUACUGAUUCUUAAUUCAUAAGAAGUUCUUAGAAUCCAAUUGAAAACAUAGGACAAAUUAGAAGUUAAAAAUAAUACAACGUAGUGCAAAUGUUACUAAGUGCUGCGGUUUAUGGCAUAGAUUUGAACUCAUCAAGUCCCAAAUCAAAGACAAUUGAUGUUUAAGAUUAGUCUAGUGGCACAUUGUAUUGACACUAGGUAAACAAUGACAUUGGUAGCUUGCCAACAUCAAUUUCUUAUCAGUACAAAAUAGGAUAUGAAAACGGUAAGUGCCAUGCAACAUUACAUAAUUCAUGGUGAAUUGGGAAGGACUUCUUUAAUUUCUUCCAAUUGAAAGCCCACCCAAUUUAUCCAAUGGAUAUGAAAAUUUGAUUAGAAGGGGCACAUGCACCCCAAUGUUUAUAGCAGCACUAUCGACAAUAGCCAAAGUAUGGAAAGAACCCAAAUGUCCACUGUCUGGUGAAUGGAUAAAGAAGAUGUGGAAUAUAUACAAUGGAAUAUUAUUCAGCAAUGAAAAAGAAUGAAAUCUUGCCAUUUGCAACAACAUGGGUGGAACUGGAGGGUAUUAUGCUAAGUGAAAAAGAUAUCAUCAGAUAAAGAUUAUCAUAAGUCAGAGAAAGAUAUCGUAAGACUUAACUCAUGUGGAAUUUAAGAAACAAAACAGAUGAACAUAGGGGAAGGGAAGCAAAAAUAAGAUGCAAACAGAGAGGGAAACAAACCAUAAAAGAUUCUUAAAUGCAGAGAACAAACUGAGGGUUGCUGGAGGUGUUGGUGGGGGGGAUGGGCUAAAUGGGUGAUGAGCAUUAAGGAGAGCACUUACUGGGAUGAGUACUGGGUGUUCUGUGUAAGUGAUGAGUCACUAAAUUCUAUUCCUGAAAUAAUUAUUAUACUAUAUGUUAACUAACUUGGAUUUAAAUUUUUAAAAAACUGGGAAAAAAUAAAAAUAAAGCCCAUCCAGGGAAUUCUAAAUUAAAAAGACAAAGUGCAAUCAAUGAUUUACGAAUCCAAAAUAAAAUGACCCCAAAAAGCUAAAAUGGGACCAAAAAUAUAUCUUUAAAAUGUGAAUGAAAGUAAUAUCAGGCAAAAUAGAAUUUAAGUCAAUAAAAGUUUUAAAGGGUUAAGUGGAUAAAAAGUCUACUUGGGGCUGUAAAUUACAAUCAGUAGUGAAUACCUUACAGCCUGGACUUAUUCUGAUAAAAUAAUAUGACAAUGAAAAUACAAAGAAAAAGCACUGGAAACAUGAGAAAUGAAAAAAAAUCACUAAUUUUUUGGAGUAAUUUUUUGGCAUGGAUGAUUUUCAUGCUUCCCCCCCCCCCCAUCAAAGGUAGAUCAAAUAGACAAGAAGACAUUUGUUUAAAUAUAUCUAUAUUUCUGGUGCCACAUAACUCAAAACUCGGAUUUAUAUUCAUUAGGAAGAGUGUAUUUAGGUUGGUCUGUUUUUAAGCAUCGGCUCUGAUACAGACUUAAAAUUCACUUUUGGGGUCUUAAGAAAGAUAAAAAUUGGUUCUCCAGAGCCGCUAAAACAGGUUCAACAAGAAGCUUGUGUGACUGUGGAAGAGACAUGCCUUAUGUAAAGCAGUGUUGUGGGCAGAGAAAACGAACAGUGUUUCAAACAUGAGGGCUAAACUCAGUCCUAGGGAAUAGAAUCUCCAGGGGCGCCAGGGUGACUCAGUCAGUUAAGUGUCCGACUUCGGCUCAGGUCCGUGAUCUCACAGUCUGUGAGUCGGAGCCCUGUGUUGGGCUCUGUGCUACAGCUCAGAGCCUGGAACCUGCUCCAGACUCUGUGUCUCCGCCCCUCCCCCACUAGUGCUCGCUCGCGCUCUCUCUCCCUCAAAAAUAAAAUAAACAUUAAAAAAAGUUUUUUUUUUUAAAGAAUCUCUGAUGGUUAGAUGUUAGUUUGUAAUUUAGCUGCUUUGUGAUCUGUAUACUGGGCAAAAUUCUGUAUACUGUGAUCCAGGAUGAGUAUCAGUCAGGAUUUUUUUUGUUGAAUAAUGGUUGGCGAUUCUCCAAAGCAACAGGGGACAAGCCAACUGGUGAUUUAUAUCAUUGGAAUGGCAGCUUCUGAUAGAGCUGCCAGUGAUCCCAGUCUUGGUGUAUAUGCUUUUGUGUAAUCUCUUCCCCUCAAGUAUGAGCUGGACCUAAAAACUUGCUUCUAAUGAAUAGAAUACAGCGAAAAACAUCUGGGAUGUUACACUCUGGAUUAGGUGACAAAAAAGACUGGCUUCUGCCUUGCUUGCUUGCUCUAAUAGAAGCCAGCUGCCAUGCUUUGAGAGGCUCACAAGGCAAAAAACUGAGGGAGGUCACCCAGCCAACAGCCAGCAAGUUGCUGACGCCCUCAGCCCACAAGGAAGUGAAUCCUGCAAUCACGUGAGCAUUGCUGGAAGUGGAGCCUUUGGAGUCCAGCCUUGAGGUAGUUACAGCCACAGAAACACCUUGACUACAGCCUUGUGAGAGACCCAGAGGACCCAGCCAUGCCGUACCCGGAUUCCUGACCCACGGAAACUGUGAGAAAAAGUGUUUUGUUUUGUUUUUUUUUAAGCUCUAAAUUUGGGAGUAAUUUUUUUCAGCAUAGAUAACUCAUACAAUCGUUACUGUUCAAUUAAUGGAUAUCUAAUUACAUAAAAAUCCAUAGCAUAUUUUACAGAUAAAUGUGGUACAUGGAAUAGUUACAAGCCUUGAUAUAUUAGGUAUAAGGAAAAUCUCAACAAAUGUAAGAAAGGAGAAAUUAAUGAGCUCUUCUCUGGUACGUUUUAAGUUGCAACAACAAAAAAAAAACCUCUUUACUUGGAAAUGUUUCUUCUUUUGCAUAUGAUACAUGCUAAAUGGUGCAUAAACAUGCACAUACAAUUUAAAUAAUAAUUAUAAAAUGAAUACCCAUGGAGACACCAUGCAGGUCAAGAAAUAGAACACUGCUGGUACCAGAAGCCCCCUGUGUGCCUUUCCCUGAUCACAGCUCCAAAAGUAAACACUAUUCUGCCUUUGGAGAUGACCAUGUUUUGGCUUUUCUUUAUUUUAGCACCUAUGUGUGUAUCAUAAUACAUGUACCCUUUUGCAUCUUUCUCUCUAGCUUAACAAUAUGUCUCAGGUGCAGAGGUGAGGACGGGGAUUCAGGUGUAUGUGAUUUGUGGAGCUCGUGCGCUCAGGAGAAAGGUAGUGAAGGAAGCAGGACAGGGAGAGGAGCUGAGCAAGGACGAGGUGUCAGCUUCAGCCUGAUCCCCAAGGGAGCUCUGGAGGAUGGAAAGGGCCAGAGUGUUGGUCCUGCUGGGAUACUUGGGACAGCAUGUCAUAAAAUGUCUUCGGCCAGGGUGUACUGGGAAUACCCUUUUGGCCAAGGACGAUUGUGCAGAGCAGGGGCCAACUGCAAGCUAUUAGCAACCAAUACAGGAGCUGAGGGAUAGAGCUCUGGCCUGGGACGGGAUCUGGACAGCACCCACUAUAUAUUCUAUUUGAGAUUCAGCUUUCCUGUAUGUGUAGCUGCAAUUCAUACAAUUUUGUGGCCAAAUAGUAUUCUAUCGUAUGACUGUAUCAUAUGUUGUCAGUGAACUUUUGGGUUUCUGGAUUUACCUAUUACAAAUAGUGCCGCUUUGACUAUUCCUAUCAUGUAUUGUGUUGGAUACAUUGUGUUGGCACAUACCUAGGAGUGGGACGGCAGGGUUACAGGGUAUGUGCAUCUUUGAUUUUGCUAUAUUGUAAAAUUGUUUUCCAACUCACGCCACCAGCAGCAUUGUUUGGUAGCUUCCAUUGCUAUACUUGUACUUUUGGACUUGAUAGGUUUUAGCCAGUCUGGUGAGUUUGUAAAUGGUAUCUCAUUGAGGUUUCAACAUGUUUUCCUUCUUGAUAAUAAUGAUGGACACAUUUUCAUACAUUUAUUGGUUCUUUGGAAGUUCUCUUCUUCUAAAGCUUUUAAUCAAGUUUUUUGCCUAGAUUUUUUUAUAAAAUGUCUGUCUUAUUGAUUUGAAGAUGUCUGACCACUUUGUCAGUUCUGUGUGUUGCAAAAAUCUUCCCUUCUAUAAUCCCUCUUUCAGUCUCUUUAUGCUGACUUAAAAAAAAUUUUUUUAAUGUUUAUAUAUUUUUUAGAGAGACAGACAAUGAAAGCAGGGGAGGGGCAGAGAGAGACACACAUGAUCCAAAGCAGGCUCCAGGCUCUGAGCUGUCAGCACAGAGCCUGAUGUGGGGCUUGAACCCACAAACCCUGAGAUCGUGACCUGAGCUGAAGUCGGAAGCUUAACAGACUGAGCCACCCAGGCACCUCUUAGUGAAUAGAAGUUUUCAUUUUAUUUGAAUGUAGUAUACUAAGCUUUUAUUUCAUGGUUAAGGUUUUAAUGUCUUAUUUGAGAAUUUUUUUUCCUAACCUGGAAUUGUUUUUCUAUGUUAUAUAUCUUUCUAUGGAAAGAUUUUUCUAUGUUAUUUUACAUAAGCUUUAUAGUUUUGUCCUUUACUCUUGGAUUUUAAUCAAUCUGUAAUUUAUUUUGUGCAUGGUAUGAUGCAGAUAACUAAUUUUAUAUUUUUACCAUGUAAAUAACCCAGUUGUCUCCAAAUGAACUUUUUACUGAAAAGUGCUCUCUCCUCAUUGAUACUAAAUGUCAUCACUGUCACAUAGCAUAUUUCCAGAUUCGUAUGCCCACUUGUAGUCUCUGUACUAUUACAUUGGCCUGUUGUCUUAGUUACUUAGUAGUUUUAUCAUACCUGGUACAUUCAGUCCUCCCACCUAGUUUUUGGUGGGGUUUUUUGUUUGCUUUUUUUUUUUUUUUUUUUUUUUUUGAGAGCACAAGCGGGAGAAGGGCAGAGAGGGAGACACAGAAUCGGAAGCAAGUUCCAGGCUUUGAGCUGUUAGCACAGAGCCCGAUGGAGGGCUUAAACUCACCAACCGUGAGAUCAUGAUCUGAACCGAAGUCAGAUGCUCAACCAACUGAGCCACCCAGGCGCCCCCACCUGGUUCUUUUUGAAGUGGGCCCUGUUAACCUUACUGCUUUGUGUUUCCAUAAAUUUUUUUUUUAAGUUUAUUUAUUUAUUUUGAGAGAGACAGUGAGCAAGACAGGAGGGGCAGAGAGAGAGAGGGAGAGAGAGAAUCUGUGCUAUCAACAUGGAGCCUGGAGGGGCUUGAACUCACAAACUGCAAGAUCAUGACCUGAGCUGAAACCGAGUCAGAUGCUUAACCAGCUGAGCCACCCAGGUGCCCCUCCAUAUAAAUUUUUAAAUAAGCUUGCCAAGUUCCACCAAAAACAAAUAAACAAAAAAACUGUUUGUUUUUUUUUAAUCAAGAUUGUACUGGCUGGAUCUAUUGACUAAAUUGGUUUAUCUCCCAAUUUACUUAGGUUUCCUCCUUAAUUCCUUAUCAAGGUUUUAACCUUUAUUAAAGUACAAUACACAUAAGAGAAGUGUGCAGACUAUGAGUAGAUGAGGGAAUGAAUUUUCACAAAGUAAACACACCUAAGUAACCAGCUCUCAGACCCAGAAACAGAAUACCAUCAGAAUCUCAGAUCCUUGCUGUAUGGAAGUGUUGAAUCACUAAAUUGUACAGCUGAAACUUAUAUUACCCUGUAUGUUAACUGACUGGAAUUUAAAAAAAAAAAGAAAAGAAAGAAAUGCAAAUUUGGGGGCCAGAUCCCAGAACUACUGAAUCAGAACUUGUGGUGGUAGAUUCUGAGAACCUGUGUCUUAACAACCUCUCCAGGGAUUUUUUUUUUUUCAAUUAGAGUAUAGUUGAAGCACAAUGUUAUAUUAGUUUCAGGUGUAUAGCAGUGAUUUCUCUUCUUUAUACCUUAUGCUGUGUUCACCACCAGUGUGGCUACCCUCUGUCGCCAUACAACACUCUGACAAUACCAUUCGUGGACCAUAUUUCCUGUUCUGUGUCUUUUAUUCCUGUGACAGGAAUGCACGCCAGAGUUUGAGAAACUUGGCUUUUACUCUUCCCUUGGGAAGGCAGAUGUCCAUGAAGGAUAGUCCGUGCUGAAUCUGGAGUGGCAUUUGUAGGGAAGCAAUGACGCUUUCAGAGAGUAUGUGCUGUAAUUUGGUUCUAUUUACAAAGGAGGCCAGCGCCAAGCACGCUUUCAUUAAUGAUUAUGUAUGGGGGAGAGUAGCAUCAAUCACGCAGUGCUGGCAAAGGGGGGGGAGGGGGGCUGGUGAGUCUUGAUUUCCUACAGGGCCCUGCAUCUUCAGAACAGUUGCUGUAACAUUUUAUACUAUGGGCAGAGAGUAAUCCACUUCCUCUUAUUCAAGUGACAAGCAUUUUUGGAUUCUUUGAUUUCAGUAGAUCCAUAAAGAUGGAAAGAAAACCUAUUUAGGAUACACAAGAGAGUAUAGUCAAAUGAUAAUGCUAAUUCUUUGGAUUCUGGGGUAUGUUAAAGGCUGAAAUGAUGGGCCCAAAAUAUAAGUGUUUCCAAAAAUCUCUUCAAAUACGGGAUGGCCAAACUGUGUAUAUCAUUGUAUUAUUUAUGGCCCCAAGUUGCAGAAAUAAGUAAUAAAAUUAACUUAGCAUUUGCUGAUCAAAAAAAUAGAAAAGAAAAAGAAUCUCAGGCCCUCAAAAAUCCUUUUUUUAGCUACUAACUAGACCCGUAUUGAGUAACCACUUUCUUGACUUCUAAUAUCCUAUAUUGUAUUAACUUUCUCUACUUUUGAACUUCAUAUAAAUAGAAUCAGUGUAUACUUGGCAUUUUUCACUCACCAUUAUGCUUAUGAAAUCCAUCCACAUUGUUCAGAUAGUUUUGUUUGUCCUCAUCGUUACAGUGUGUAGUGCUCCAAGUAUGAAUUUACUACAAUAGAUUAAUUCAUUCUGUUGUAGAUGGACAUUUGAGUUGUUUCUAAUUGGGCUAUUACAGAUGAUGAUAAACAUUCUGGUACACACAUCUUUGGGGAACGUAUGCACGCAUUUCUGUUAAGGAAAUAACUGUGAACAUAAUUGCCAGGUCAUAAGGUUUUAUCCUUAGUAAAUACUGCCAAGCAGUCUUCCAAAAUGGAGUGUAUCUAUUUAUACUUCUACAACAGUAUUUGAACAUUCUGGUCAAGUCACACGUUCAUCAGCACUUCAUAUUGUCUAUUUCAAUUUAGCCGUUCUGGGAUUACAUAACAGUAUCAUAUUGUGGUUUUAAUUUGCAUAUUCCUGAUAUGCACCUUUUCAUAUGUUUGUUGGCCUUUGGCUAUCCCUUUGUAAAGGAUCUGUUCAAAUCUUUUCCCAUUUGUAAAAGGUUACCUGCCUUUUGCUUAUUGAUUUUUUUUUAAUUUUUUUUUAACGUUUAUUUAUUUUUGAGACAGAGAGAGACAGAGCAUGAAUGGGGGAGGGUCAGAGAGAGAGGGAGACACAGAAUCCGAAACAGGCUCCAGGCUCUGAGCGGUCAGUACAGAGCCCGACGCGGGGCUCGAACUCACAGACUGAGAGAUCAUGACCUGAGCUGAAGUCGGACGCCUAACCAACUGAGCCACCCAGGCGCCCCUGCUUAUUGAUUUUUGAGAAUUUCAUCAUCUGAAUCUUUUAAGUUCUUGAGUUUUGUGCUUUGGCUUGAGUGGGGCAAAAUUUUGUAUAGUGUGGAAAUUCUAGUAAAUCCAAAUCUAUCUGGUUCCUAGAAUUCAAAAUGAGAAGCUAGAUAAUGAAGGAUACCUGAAGCCAUUGUAGGUGUGUUUCUGGUUCCUCAUUUCCCGGCGAGUUUGAUGUUAUGCUAAGUGCUCUUCUUUCUGAGAUUCUCUGACACCUAAUAUGGCAGUGCCUUCCUCCAGAGAGGAACUGCAUUUGCGAGGCACCCGGGGUCAGUCCAGGAUUACUUUAAACCAAUUCAGGGCAUAAGGCUUUUUUAGACCAUUUGGAUGAGGUGAAUUGGGGUUACAAACACAAUCACUACCAGCAUGUGGUUAUAAGUUCCCUAGGAUAGGAUUUUCUUUUCUUUACUCCCUCUGCACUGUUCAGCAUCAAAGGAUUUUAUUUUUCUUACAGUCUCCUGGGGGUGGGGAUUAGACAGGGAAAACCUAGGUUUACUUCUGGUUCAUUCCUAACCUGAGGAAAUAGCCCUUUGAGAUCCUAGCGUUAUGGGGGAAGGUUUCUUAUUACACUCUCCAUCUUUGCCAGAAUCUAAAUUUGAAUUUCUGAACUUGUGGGCCCUGAAAGCCCAUAAAAAAUAAAAACCAACUUUCUUUAGUUGGCAGAGGUCCUCAGAGGCAAAAACAACAUCAGUGUUCUGCUUUUCCCUCUAAAUCUCCAUUUUCAUUUAGAUUUUGGCCUGAUAGAGCAUGACUAUCUUAUCUUUUUCAUGCUUUCCAGACUUUUGAAAUCUUUGCACAUUUUUUAGUUAUUUUCAACUGGAGGGUUAGUCUGAAGAGUCUAGCCUAAUACAUUAUCCAAAAUAAGACAUCUUUUAAGUUUUCAGGCUAUCAAACAAUUAUGGAAACAGUGAAAAUCUCUUAAAUGAGAUAACUAAAAGAGGUUAGUAAAUAUUUAAAACAAAAUCAAUGUAAAAAAAAUAUAUAUAUAUAUGAGAUGUAGUCGAUUCUGUAUUUUAGAGGUAAAUCUGUAGCAAAAAAUACUUUUUUUAAAAAUGUUUAUUUAGUUAUUUUGAGAGGAGGGAGGGACAAAGAGCGAGAGAGAAUCCCAAGCAGGCUCUGCACUGUCGGUGCAGACACCCAAUGUGGGGCGAACCCAUGAACCAUGAGAUCAUGACCUGAGCUGAGAUCAAGACGCGCAUGCUUAACCAAUUGUGCCACCCAGGCACCCCAACAAAUACUUUUAAUAUUUAAAAAAAAAAAAAGAAAGGGAUUACAUUAUUUGAAAUUUUAUAAAAAGAACAUAGACCCUAAGCAAAAUGAGGUUAAAAAUGAUAAAGAUAAAUAAAGGAUGAAAAAAUGUAUGUAAGUAAACUAAAAAAACUGAUUCUUUGGCAGUGGGGAGAGGGAUAAGAAAGACUUAACUAAUUAACUGGGGAAACAGCACAACACAAAAUUAAAGAUAAAGGAGAUAUGACCCUGACACAAAUUUGCAAUUGUAGGCAGCUACCUGCAGCCAUCACUUUCCAAGUCUCACUGUCAGAGCCCCCGGCUGGGGCAGGGGGAGGUUGAGAGGGAGAAGGCACUUGAGAAGAGCAGCUGGAGAUGAAAUCAGGAGGGUCCAGACCUCUCUCCAUCUGAGGCAAACAGAGCAGGCCCAUUUAUACUGAUACCUAGACUUGACAGAAACACUACACAGAAGAGAUAAGUAUUACAGAUUGCAUCCGGAGUCUCUAAGACCACCCUCAGUUUUGAGGAUUCACUACAAGGACUCACAAGACUCAACAUAUAGUUGAGGUCUUGGCUAUGAUUUGUUACAGCAAAAGGACACAAAGCAACAUCAGCAAUGGGAGAAAGCAUGUGGAGUGAAGUCCAGAGAUAAUCAGGUACCCCCUUCCUAGAGUCCUCUGUAAUGGAGCCACAUUAAAGUACUUAAUUCCUCCAGCAAAGAAUUGUGACAAUACCUGUGAAAUGUUGUCCUCCAGACAUGCUCAUUAGGGACUCCGUGUCCAGGCAUUUUACUGGGGGUUGGUCACGUAGGCAGCCUCUGCCUGGAACAUACCAAAAUGUCAGACCCCCUAGAAGAAAAGCAUUCUGUUUGUACGGCCUAUGCACGGUAAGUGACUCUUAUCACUUAGGGAAUGGUGGGAACCCUCCCCAAGUCCAAGUUCCCAGAUCCAACCACACAUCAACUUUGCAAGCUGGCCUUUCCAAGAAAGCUGUCUCAGACCUGCUAUAUUAAGUCUUCUCUACACAAAACUUUAUAAGAAAAACAUCAUUCUUACUUGAUAUUAUUGUAUUUCUAGAAAAUAUGAAAGAAUCAUCUGGUAAACCAAUAAAUGAAUAAGGGUUUAUAAAUAUAGCUUAAUAAAAAUAAGUAAAAAUCAAUAACAUUUUAAUAAUACCAGCAGCAACCUGUAUAAAAACAGACAAACCCCCAAAAAAGGUCCUGUUUGCAAUGGCAACUAAAACACACAUAAUGCCUGGGAAUAACUUUAACAAGGUAUGUGGUGAUGCCUGAAGAAGAAAAUACAAAUUAUAUUAAAAAUAUAAAGUAAGACUUGGAAAAGUAACCAGAUAUUUAUUCCUGGUCAGGAAAACUGGAUAUGAAAAUAACUGUGUCUGAAUUAAUUUGUGGGUUUAAUGUAACCCCAAUCAAAAUCUCUACUGCUUUGAGUUCCUUCUUUAAAAAGAAAAUAUUUUUUGCCUACAUUGAUAAAACGAUCCUAAAGUUUACUUGGAAAAUAAAAAGGGAAGAAAACUCUGGGGAAAAAAAAAAAAGUUAUGGGAGGGUUAGUUGUGUUUUAAUCAUCUUACAAAGAUAUGGUAAUCAAAACAAUGUGAUAUUUGUACAAAGUAUAAGCUAGAUCAGCAAAACAGGUCCAAAUAUAGAUCUUACUAUAUGAAUGACAAAGAAUGCAUCAUAAGGCAAUGAGGAAGAGAAAGAUUAGUCAACAUAUGAUACAUAAAUAACUGUUUAACAAUUUGAAACUAGGCCCUAAUUUAUUUUUAAGAAAUCCAACAUGUCCUGUCUUUAAACACUAUCACUUUAUCUUUUUUUAAUUAUUUAUUUAAAUUUUAGCUAAUAUACAGUGCAAGAUCGGUUUCAGGAGAAUUCUUUUUGUCACUUUAAAUGGCCAUUAUGUACUACCUAAUUAAAGCCAAGAUAAGUGUGGCUUUGUAAAGGAUUUACGGUUUACAGUAUUCGAUGCUACUUCUGUAUAUCCAAAAAGGAACUAAAAUAAAAGUGCUGACAAGCCUGGGGAAAAUACCGUGAAAGGAUAAUAUCUUUGUUAUAAAAUGAAGAUCUAUCUUGACAUGAGGCAGAAGCUGUAGUAGAAAGUAACCUGUCCAAGGUCAGGUGGGCUUGGGUAAGCUAUUUAGCUUUUCUGAGACUCGAUUUCCUUCUUCCUUGCAGGGUGUGACACGGGUUAAAAAUAUAUGUAAAAUGGCUAGCACAGUAUUUGCAGUAUUAGGGUUGCUCAACAAAUGAUAGCUACAGUUAGUGGAGGCAGUGAUAGUGGUCAGAACAGUAAGAGCUCAUGGAGUGAGAACACAUGAAGUCGUCAAAAGACAAAUGCUUAAAGAAUGUGAACAGAGAAUUCUCAAAAGAGGAAAUAAAACUCUUAAGCUUGGAAAAAUGCUCAACCUCACCAAAAGUCAAAGCAAUGCAAAUCAAAACAAUGAGAUAACAUUUUUUGGUCUAAAUUAUGAAAACAUUUCAAUAACAGGAGUACCCAGGGCUGAGAGUGUUUCCUGGAACUGGUAUUUUCAUAUAUUGCUGAUAAUAUACAAAUUGGCCCAGUCCUCUUAGGAAGCGAUGUGGAAAUAUGUACCGUCAUUUCAAAAAAAGAUCAUAUUGUUUGAUUCCGUGAUUUCACUUCUGAGAGUCAGUCCUAGAACAGAAUCGCAAACAUGGAAAUGCUACGUGCAUAAAGAAGUUAUGUGUAGUUGUUAUGGAAUAAUGGAAACAACCUAGCUGUCCAGCAAUGGGAGGAAUGAUUGGGAUUUACUCAUAGGGGGUGGUGAUUACACUGGUGCUACAUAAAAAAUAGAGUAAGAGAGAAAAACAGGAUGCAACAUUUUCUGUGUAUGGCGUAGCAGACAAAAUUGGAAGUACAUAUUUCAAGUUGGAAAUCGGAUUUACAUUAAAGUGGCCUGUUUAUUGGGGCACCUGGGUGGCUCCGUUGGCUGAGCAUGUGACUCUUGAUUUCGGCUUCAGUCAUGAUCCCAGGGUCUGUCAGAUCAAACUCCGCAUCCCACAUCAGCCUCUGUGCUGACAGUGUGGAGCCUGCUUGGAAUUCUCUCUCUCUCUCUCUCUCUCUCUCUCUCUCUCUCUCUCUGUCCCUCUGCCCCUCUCCUUGGCACUCGUGCUCUCUCUCUCUCUCUCUCUCUCUCUCAAAUUUUUUUAAAAAGUGGUAUGAUUAUGGAAAAUUACGACUUUUAUAAUUUGAAAAUUAUAGUUAAUUGAAACUAGGUUUUCCUGCCUAUUUCCAAAUGGGUUCUUUCUCUUUUAAAUGACACCAGAAUUUAAUUUCAAAACCCUUGACAAACGCUGACUGACCUGUUUUUUUAUAUUGCUCCUCUAGAGGGGGCACAAGUACUUAAAAUACAUUAUAACCAUCCUUGCCUAGGUUACAAUAGUCCAGAAUUUUAGACCUCAAAGGACUUCAAAGAUAAUCUAGGUGUUUUCUGUAAUGUUAGGGCUAUACAGAAGGCACUCUCUAGCUAUGAAACAUUUAUUUUCUGUUAUUAGUGCUGCUUUUACAUGACAAAGGCUUUCUUGCAUAGUGUACAGAAUCUUGUUGAGUGGCAGUUCCCAAUGCAGAGGAAGAUGGUAAAGGGAGAAAAAUCAAGGAUGCAAACUAUUCUCAAAGCCCUAAUAUUACUGACAGAGAAUUAUAAUCUAAGAACUAUCGCCUGGAAUAUUUUUUAUUCCAAAAAGGUAAUUCUGUCAGCUCAUUUAAUGGUUUUGCUUUUUGUUUUUAUUUUUGGUAUCCUGGUAAGACUGGGCUCCACAGAGCACCAAGAAAAGGAGAGAAUUUGGGGCUUUGGUGGGUGGUUAAUUUGACUAGUGGCCUAUCUAGGCAGGUAAGGUCUGAUCAAGGGUCCUGGGACCUGAAAUGUCUCUCCUGCUAUGCCAGUUGCAAGGAGCUGGAUUUAGCUUUGGACACUCCUCAGGUUACAUCUGGCUCUGUAGCUCUGAGUUCAUUCUAUACUUUCUCAUCUGUUUGUUGGAUUUAAAUUUCAGAAAUCCUGGGGAAUCUGGGUGGCUCAGUGAGUUAAGUGUCUGACUCUUGGUUUGGGCUCAGGUCAUGACCUCACAGUUCAUGCAUUCAAGCCCCUUAUCAGGCUCCUCACGGACACUACGGACCCUGCUUGGGAUUCUCUCACUCUCCCCCUCUCUCUGCCCCUCCCCUUCUCAUGAAUUCUCUCUCUCUCUAAAAAUAAAUAAAUAAACUUUUAAAAAGUAAAUAAAUAAAUAAAUUGCAAAAAUCCUAAUUAAGAUGCAUAAUCUCUCGGGACACCUGGGUGGCUCAGUCUGUUGAGCGUCUGACUUCGUUCGGCUCAGGUCAUGAUCUCAAGGUUUGUGGGUUCGAGCCUCAUGUCGGGCUCUGUGCUGACAGCUCAGAUCCUGAAGCCUGCUUCAUAUUCUGUGUCUCCCUCUCUCUCUGCCCCUCCCCUGCUCACUCUCUGCCUCUC